AGGCGAGGAGCUUCGAAUGUUCCUGACCGGAUAUUGGCAGACAUAUUUGUUUUCAUUUUCAUCCACUAUCGCAGAGCUGUCGUUGUUUGUUGCAGAAGAUUUAUGCAGUUAAAAUACUUUAGACUAACAUACUUUGAUGCACGUAUUAAAUUGGAGUAUUUCAUGCAUGACCAGAUUUUCAGUGACUGAUGUAAAAUCAUCGCGUGUCGAUUCGUCAUAAUAGCAAGAUGUCGGGCUUUUUGGACAACUGUCGAUGUCAAUGUGAUUGUAUAGAAUUGGGAGAUCGUAGGAAUGCUGUUGUAUCCGUUGUUUCAGGCAUUCUGUUCUUCACUGGAUGGUGGAUUGUUAUAGACGCUGCAGCUAACUACCCGGACCAGAAUGAUUUUAACCACGCCUUCCACACCUGCGGUGUGUUUGGAACGUUGGCGUUUUUCUUCAUAAAUUCUGUAUCGAACGGUCAGAUAAGAGGGGAGAGUUACACCGACGGGUGCCUUGGGCAGACUGCUGCGCGCGUGUGGCUCUUCAUCGGCUUUCUCAUGGGCUUCGGCUCCCUCAUUGCAGCCUCAUGGAUCCUGUUUGGGUUCUACGUGGUGAAUAACCCAGGAAUACCAGACUGGCCUGGAGUGGCAGUGUUUUUACAGAAUGCCCUCAUUUUCUUCAGGUAUAACAAUAGCAGAGUUAUGGGAGGUCUCUGUAAAUCAUACAGGGGUAAACUGACCCUUUGUUUUACAGGGUCCUGUACCCUUUUAAUUGGGAAUUUCACUUUGAAAGAUAUUAAACUUAAGAAAAUAACAAUGAUACAAAUGAAAUGUUUAAGGUGAUAUAUAUACUCAUUACUCACAGACAUUAUCAUUAUUUUACAUAUUUUUUUUUUAUUCAUUUCUAUGAAAUAUACAUGUUUUAGAGAGGAGAUUGUUUGAUUCACCAGAAACCCAUAGACUAAGUGAUCAUGAAUAAAAAGAUUUGGCAAUUACCAAUUUGGGAAUUUUUGUACUUAAAUUUUGAAAAGUUUAUGUAAAUUUUCGUUUUAACUGUUCUAAUGCAUCUUGUUUUUUACUUUUAUUCCAUGAGAAACUAAAACAAAAGUUAAUCAAAAAUUUCUUUAUUUUAAGUGAUAAAAUGUCACAGAUAUGGAAUUUAACUGAGUUUUAUUAUUUUGCAGUUCUUUGAUUUUCAAGUUCGGAAGAACAGAAGAUUUGUGGGGCUGAAAAAUAAUCUAUAUACCAAAGUGUGUACCUGCAUGGGGACUAGCAGUAACACCAUACUAUAGUGCAGAAAACCAGCCAGCCACCUCUGUAGAAGAUAUCGUAGUGAAAAUGUUGAUCAUGUCGCAUGAUAGUUAUGGUGCCAAAAUAUCUCUUAUUUAACAGAUGCUACUUUUUUGUGUUGGCUGCAAAGUAAAUCAAUUCUUGGGAUAAUUUUUUCUGUCUUUUGUACAUGCAACUCUCCUCAGUACAACUGCAGGGGGUGCAUUCCAGGAAACAAUAUACUUAUAUUCUGUAAAGCAUGAUUAUAUGCCUAUCCUCCACUGAUAAAUAUGUACCACAGUUACUAUGCUUGAUUGCAACUAUUUUACUAUGAAUUAUGUUUAGUGUUGUAAGUUUUAUCCUAAUCAUCAUCCCAAUAACAAUACAUGGAUAAAUAGUUUCAGGGUCUAAAUCACCUAUUUUUCAUCUUUUCAGUGUUUAUAUGAUACAUGUAUAUGAACAAAGACUUUGAUUUAUGACAAUAAAAUAUUCUUAGUUGUUAGUAUUGAAAUGAAAGUACAUGAAUUAACAAUUAUUGUUAUGUUAUUAUAUGUAAUGUGUGAACAAACACCUUCUCAAGGCUAAAGUUUGAGAUAUUAUUGGCUUCACUUUUGUUACUUAUGUAUACGCGUAUCAACACUUCGCCGCGAGUUACGUCCCUUUGCGGGGUCAGCCAAAGGUCAAUCGGUGAAAAACCAAGUUUUCCUUCUUUACCUUACCAAAUGUAAGAUGUUAUUACUUUGAAUUUUAGUUAAUUACCAAGUUUUCAUACAAGUUAAUGGGUUGCCCCAAUCUGGGGCAUAUUGUAGUUAACUGCAAUUGAUGGAAAAAUAACAGAUGUCAAAGCUACAGAUUCGAAAAUUACAAAGCCCAACGUAGGGAAAUACGAUUUUUAUCCGGAAGAUGGCGGACAAGGGACGUAACUUUCGCGAAGUGUUGAUACGUGUAUAGAUAUAAGUAGGUAGGAAAAAUAUUUUUUACUUCAGUUAAAAAAACAAAAAGAAAGAGCAAAUCACUUUUUACAAAGAUAUACCUUUCAGUGAAGACAUUUUAGACUGUUUUGAAUAUAAACAAAAUUUAGUCAAUUGUACAAAAAGAAAUGUGUUGGAAGUUUCCCUUUUCAUUAUAAAGAAAAGAAUUCAAUGAAUAUUUUGUUUAAUUUGGACAUUUUUUUUUUCAGAUCAGUAAAAUGGGGGAACACAAUUCUAAAACCUGAAAUAUUAAUGUUUAGUAAAAUGUAUGUCAUGCAUUCAGAAUCUGAAUCUCUUGGAGAACAAACUUGCAUGACAAAGUAUUGAUAUCUUUGAUUAUCAGUCACUUUCAUACACUCCUGAAUGUGCUACUAGUAUAGUUCAUCUGUUAUCAGAAUCAAAUCAUCAAAAAGGCAAAACUGCAUAGUUUGGUAAAAUUUUCAAGAGAGACUGUUUGACACUGUUUAAAUAUCUUGCUACACGACUACCAUACAUUUUUUAGGAGAUUGUGUACGCAGUAGAAAAUUACUAAGAAUUAUUAUAUGAUUGGUUCAUAGCUAUGGUAGUUUGUCGAAUAUAUUUAAAUGCAAGGUAAAACCAACUAAAAUGUAGGUGUUUUGAGUGUUGGUACUUGUACGAUGAGAGAUAUCUGAAGAGUCAAUGACUGUAGAGUGUAAAAUAGCAUUUCAUUCAGUUAUUUGAAUGUAAACUUCAGCCUUUGUCAAUGACAUUUCUUUGAAAUAGAGACACUGCGCUCUCUAUAUUUAUACUUUUAUGCUGACUUUUGUUGAUGCUUAUGUGUUACACUGGGUGGCAUUGAUUGAUUUGUGAGAUGUUUAUCAUGAUUCCGAUAAAUUCGUGAUAGAUAAAGUAUAAAUUUGUCUUUUGUUAAUAUUUACAGAAAAUGUACAUGUGUAUGUUAUUUCUUAAUAUUAUUGAGUUUCAUUUUUACACUGUCAAAUAAAAUUUGGAGAAAUCAUAAA